AUAAUGAUCUUUGGACGUAAGGUUAGCGAUACACACAGACCGUCUGAAAGAGGAAUGAAAGAGCGUCUGAAAGAGGAAUGUACACAACACAACGAGAAGGACAGAGACAGUUCGUGAAAGUAUGAUUUAUCUACUUUGAAGAACUAGUCAAAUGAUUUCUUGAGACAACUCUGCAGCAUAAUUAGGCAGGCUAGCUAAAUAGGAUAACUACGGUAUGGGGAGGACAUCAUGUUAGAUGGCCAGGCUGGGUGACUGUUACUGUCUUGAGCAGAGUUGAUUACUUUAAGGAAUGACAAAUAAUAAAGUCACCAAAGAAAAACUAGUAAUAUACACAAAAUAAAUAUUGUAUUAUUUCAUAGUCAUUUCCUAUUUUGCUAUUGAUGUCUACCCAAUGUUUUGGCAAUUGAAUGUUCAUUAUUUUCAUUUAAAUGCUCUAUUUUAUAAUGCAUUUUACGUUUUUUAAAAUCGAAAACCAUGAUAUAUUUUUUUAAAUAAUCAACAAACCGACCUAAAAAAACAAACAGUAAUCGCUCAACACUAAUAGGGAGGUUGUGAACCGCCACAACAGGGAUGAAAGAUAGAAUAAAGGGUAAACAGAAAAUAAUAAUAUUAAUAACAUAAUAUAUGUUCUAAUUUACCUGCAUAUGGAAUUAAACAAAGGAGAACAGUGAAGAUUUUCAUGUUGUUCAAUAUCUCCUCUCUCGUUGCAAAUGAAACAAGUUAAACUAGUUUUAGAAGUUUUACUUUCAUUUCUACCACCAUAGUGUGCAUAGCAUAGAUAGAUUGAACCUAGAUCUUUGGCUAGAGGCAGAGCGUCAUAAAUUGUGCGACUUUACGGAAGACGGCGAGGAUACACUGUGGAACAACGGAAAAAGGUAUAUGUGGAAUGGCCAGACUGAUAGGGAACAUUUAGCCAAUGUAUUAUGUUUUUAUAAGGUAGUUAAAAAAAUAAAACCAUUAGUUAGCAAAUGUGUGUGUGAAUUAUUAUAUGCAUGUGGUUGGUAAGCUUUACUUUCCCAGUAGUACGUGCAUUUGAACACUAGCUAGCUAGUAGUAGCGACAACCAGGCUGUUUGCAACAGAAGUAAAAACACACGACCAAUGUCCAGCGAAUAUUUAACACCGUCAAAUGAGAAGAAUGACGUUGCCAGUGCCACUGAGAAUAAGGAUGGACAGAGCAGUGCUAAUAAUGGAGAAACCGAGACUCUUUCAAAAAAACAGAGGAAGAAGCUUAUGAGGCACCAGAAAUGGGAGGAGGAGAGGAACCUUCGUAAGCAGAAGCGAAAGGAGAAGAGGCAGAAGAGGAGCCUUGAGAGGAAGAAUCAGGGGGAGGAGGGAGGGGAGUUUGAGGGCCGGAAGCGUUUGAGGAAAGAGGUGACACCCAGUAGCCCCCUGAGACUGGUGAUAGACUGCAGCUUCGACAACCUCAUGAUGUUUAAGGAUGUUAGGAAGCUCCAUAAACAAAUCCAGAGAUGUUAUUCAGUUAACAGACGAGCGGCGCACCCUGUUCAGUUUUAUUUAACCAGCCUUGGUGGACAGCUGAAGCAAAACAUGGAUAAGACUGAUGAAGGAUGGGUUAACUGGAAGGAUAUAACGGUCAAAACAGAGGCGUACCAUGAGGUGGUGGUCAAGGAGGAGCUGGUGUACUUGACCUCUGACUCUCCCAAUGUGCUGACAGAGCUGGAUGAAACCAAGGCCUAUGUCAUCGGAGGCCUGGUGGACCACAACCACCACAAGGGCAUCACCUUUAAACGGGCUCAGGAGCUGGGGAUUGACCACGCACAGCUCCCACUGAACAGCUUUGUCAAGAUGAAUAGCCGCAAAGUGCUGGCGGUCAACCACGUGUUUGAGAUCAUACUGGUGUACCUGGAGAAAGGGAACUGGCAGGAAGCCUUCUUCACUGUCUUGCCUCUAAGGAAAGGGGCCAUUCCCCUGGGCCAGGAGGGCAUAGCCACGGAGGAUGAGGAGGAAUCUGACAGAGACACAGAGACGGUCACACCGAACACAACGGGCAACGAACAGGACCAACAGUAGAACGUACGGGGAUGACAGGACACACUGCAGUUGGAAGACGCCCCUAAAUAUGAGUGCAGCAUAGCUGUGUCCUAAUACGAAUUAUCGAUUGCAAAAUGGUUGAUUUAGUGAGUUUUGUAUUUAUUUUGCCGAAUUAUAGAUCUUUUUUUUUGUCUAUGUUUUAAUAACAUAAAAUGUAUGUUUUCAGCUUUAUUUAAUGGAAGAUAUUUUACUUGGAGUGCUUAUAUUAAGUGAACAAGUCAUACAUAUCUGCAGUUCUAUGUUCUACCUUCAGACCUAUUCUUGAUGCUCUGCAGCAAGCCUUGUUUCAUUAAAAUGUUUUAAAAAAUA